AUGUUUCCAUUGUACGCUGGUCAUGAAACAUUAGUGCGUGGCACAAUAGUCCUCACCUUGCUGCUGGAGCUGCAUCGUACCGCGGUGCGCAAGAUGAGCAGCAAUACCUCUGAGGAGAAUUUCGAGUGGGUUGAGACGCCCCCGGCGCCCUCGCCCACCAACCCCGCCUUCGACUGCGGCGUCAAGACCACUUCGUAUCCCACCAUUGCCAACGCCCCAUUGCCCGCUGAAGGCUCUGGUCGCGAAUCGUUCAACAACGUUGCCCUCAUCUCACUACUUCUCGGUGUGCCCGGCUACCUUACCUGGAGCUGGGGCUUCGGCUUCAAGACAUGGAUUUUCCUGACUAUUGUCUUGUUCUUGCCCAUCCUGGGCCCGUUUUGGUGGCUCACAUCUGAAUUCGCCCCCCGCAAGAACGAAAAGGCGAAACUCCCGGGUCGUCCCAUUGAGCAUUACCUCAAGUUCAAGAACGCCGAGGACCGUGAUGCAUACUAUGGCAGGAAGCAAAUUCCCAUCGAGACAUUUCAAGAAAAGUACUUCGAUGGCGAGGUAGAGCUCAAUGGCGACAUGCUUGACAUUCUUGAAUGGCGCCACGACUGGUCUAAGCCGCGAUUCACCCUAGGCCUGAUCAAGCACUUCCUCUUUGGCUUUAUUCCUGAAAUGAUUGUUCACUCAAGAUCUCAAGACGAGGAACAAGUACGCGACCACUACGACCGUGGAGACGACUUUUACGGAUGGUUUCUCGGCCCGCGCAUGAUCUACACAUCAGGUAUCAUUUCCGACAUCAACAAGGAAGAGACACUCGAGCAAUUACAGGACAACAAGAUGGCCAUUGUCUGUGAGAAGAUUGGACUGCAGGAAGGCGAAAAGAUGCUCGAUAUCGGUUGUGGAUGGGGAACACUUACCAAGUUUGCUUCGGUGAACUAUGGCGCACACGUCACUGGUGUCACACUUGGUCGCAACCAGACUGCUUGGGGUAACAAUGGGCUGAGGAAGUCUGGCAUCCCAGAAGACCAGUCGAAGAUUUUGUGCAUGGACUACCGCGAUAUUCCUCUACCCUCGGGUGGAUACAACAAGAUUACCUGUCUGGAGAUGGCUGAGCACGUUGGUGUUCGUCAUUUGGGUUCCUUCUUCCGCCAGGUCAAUUCUAUGCUCGACGAUGAUGGCACUUUCUUCCUCCAAAUCGCUGGUCUCCGCAAGGACUGGCAAUUCGAGGACUUCACAUGGGGUCUAUUCAUGAACAAGUACAUCUUCCCCGGUGCCGAUGCGUCUACUCCCCUGGGUUUCGUCGUGGACACCCUUGAGGCCGCUGGAUUUGAGGUCAAGAUGGUGGACACUAUUGGCGUGCACUACUCUGCUACACUUUGGCGAUGGUACCGUAAUUGGCUCGCCAACAAGGACAAGGUUGUUGCCAAGUAUGGCGCUCGCUGGUACAGGAUCUGGGAAUACUUCCUUGCCUACUCUACGAUUGCGUCCCGCCAGGGAACUGCAACUUGCUUCCAAAUCACCUGCGUCAAGAACCUCAACGCUGUUCACCGUAUUGAGGGAGUCAAGACUCAGUUCAGUCUUGCGGGUGCUCUUGCCGCUAGCAAGGCCAGGCUCGCGAAGAAGGAGUGA